AUGCUGUUCACCGCUGCUCUCUUCUCCGCAAGUCUCGCCUCGUACGCGUAUGCGCAUGCUGAACCAUCGACGCCUUUUGCCAAUCACCCCGCCGAGGUGGCUCGUCGACAGCUCGAAGCCAACAAGAGGCAUAUCAUGGCGCGCAAUUGUGCUCAUCAGGUAGCCGAGUAUCAACGCGUUCGCAAGGCCAGACAGGAACUUCGCCGUCGCGGACUCCACGAGCGCGCAGAAGCCUUGUGGGAACGACAUCCUCCCCCUCAUCAUUUACCUCCUCCUCAUCAUUUACCUCCCCCUCCCCCUCCACCAGGCCAUCAUCCUCAUCCGACUAGCUCGGCUUCGUCUUCGGUCUUUAGUACACACCCUCACCCGGGUACCUCGACAGUACCGUACUACAUCCGUGAUGAGUUUAUCCGCCAAGACCUUCGAGAGUCUCAACCCGGUACGACUCUCUACCUCGAUAUUGGCGUAAUGGAUAUUUCGACCUGCAAGCCCGCUUCCAAUGUCUUUGUUGAGCUCUGGUCUGCCAACGCCCAGGGAGAGUACUCUGGCUUUGGCGCUGGUCCUGCAUUGAACUCUACGACAACACUCUCCGCCACGAGCGCCCAGGCUUCAACUGCAACUAUCACGAGUACUCCGACAGGCUCAGUCCCUCUUUCUGUGCCUAGUGGAAUCGACUUUGGUACCAUUGUGAUCCCGUCACCUCCGAAGAACAAUAAUCUCAACUGGCUACGUGGGGGCUUGCCCACAAAUGCGCACGGCAUGGUCGAGCUAGUGACAAUCUACCCAGGGUUCUUGGGAGGACAGUGCACGUCCACACGAUGGUCCACCAGAACAUUAGCUAUCACAGUAACGGGCACGUCUUAUAUGCACCCAAUGCCGACGCUGACGAGUAAUAGCACCAUCAUCUCCGCGUCUGGUGGACUUCGACACACGGGCCAAAUCUUCUUUGAUGAAUCCGUCAAUAACGAGGUCUUGGCGCAGACUGCGUACCAAGGGAAUCCACAGCAGCAUACGUAUAACAAUGAAGAUCUCUGGGUCAUCCUGGCAAACGCGAAUGGGUAUAGCGCCUUUGCCGAUAUUGAAAAGCUGGGUGAUAGUCUCGAUGACGGUCUCUUGGGCUAUCUCACUAUCGGAAUUGACCCGACUGCGUCCUACAACAUUUCGUCGACCAACUACUAUGACCCGAACUUUAGUUCUGCACUUGCAGAUUGA